GUGUUUCUGUGCGUGCGGGUGCUGCUGCUGCGGCUUCCUCUCGCUGCUCGCACCCCCGUUUGGCCAAUUAUAAUGACAGAGUUAAUUCGAAUAUUUUCAGGGGCUCUUGGGUCUGCUGCUUCUCCUUCAGCAGCAGCAGCAGGAGAAGCAGGGGCAGCAGCACCAGCACCAGCAGCAGCAGCAGCAGCAGCAGCAGCAGCUGGAGACAGCAACACUCUCGCGCUGCUUGCUGCCGGAGUUAAAGUUGUUGAGUUGGCUACGCUGUUAGAUUUGCCCGACUUUACUUUAUACCGAUGGGUCUUCCUAGCAGAGGACUCAGCAGCAGCAGCAGCAGCAGCAGAAGCAGCAGCAGCAGCAGCAGCAACAGCAACAACAGCAAAGCCUCUUCCCGAAUACCAACGCGAACAGCAACUCCAGAGCGAGUCGCAUGCAAAGCAAACGGAAGAAGCGACGCAGCAAACUAAGCCUGAUGCUGAGGCCCCGCAGCAGCAGCAGCAGCAGCAGCAGCCGGCGGAUGUACUGGUAGGGGAAGACAGAGACACAACGCCCGCUGCAGCAGAUGAAGAUGCAGCAGCACAAGCUCAAGCAGCACGAGCGGAAACAGACGAUACAGAACAUGGAUCACCAGCAGCAGCAGCAACAGCAGCAGCAGAAGAAGCAGCAGCAGAUAGCAGCGGGGAAGCGGCUUCUAGUGCUGCCACGUCACGUCCUACACACGACAUACGCAGCAGCAGAAGCAGCGGCAGUAGCAGGAGCAGCAGUAGAACCAGCAGCAGCAGGAGAAGCAGCAGCAGCAACAGCCGCAGCAGGAGAAGCAGCAGCAGCAGAAGCAGCACCGCCCCCAGCGAGAUCUCACCCCUUAACACUUCUGCUACAUUUCGUCCUUUCCUUAGCGUACUUGCAGAAAUAGACAAAGAGCAGCAGCAGCAGCAGCAGCAGCAGCAAGGAGGAGCUGGGGAGGGGGAGGCCCUUUCUGCUGUGUUGGCAUCGCUUGAGUCUUCUUCUCCAGCCACAAGCAGCAGCACCAGCAGCAGCACCAGCAACAGCAGCAGCAACAGCAGCAGCAGCCUUGCAGCAGCAGCGCGUCGGCUGAACCAAAGAGCAGCAGCAGAGCCUACGCACAAAAUUGACCCGGAAGGCGAAGAGAUCCGCAGAAGCAUAGAGGAUGACCUGCUGGAGGGCCCGGAGGAGUUAAGGGAUUUGUGGUGCGAGUUGCCGCUGCAGCUGCUGCUGCAGCAGCAGUGGUGUCUGUACACCUCAGGCUUUGAGCUGCUGCUGCCAGCACCAGCACCAGCAGCACCAGCACCAGCAGCACCGGGGCCUCCAGCUGCAUGUGCUACAGAAGAAAUAUAA